AUGAAAGUGGCGGAAAUGCGACUCAUCUCGGCUCUGCAUGUAUGUCGAAAACAUGCGCAUUGGGUUCCUCCAACCCCAAGAAUGGCUCCUCCAACUCCAGCAGUUCCAAAUCUUCCACCUUCCUCUCCCACCUUCGGCAACCCCUGCCUUGAUCUAUUUUACCGCCUCAUCAACCCAUGGACCCCGGCCAAGCAGCAGGCCAACCUUAACUAUCUGAACCAGCUCCUUCCCUCGGCCUGGUCCCAUAAUCCCCUCACCACCCUCAAGAUCAUUUGCAGCCUCCUCUUCGAUCCUCGCGGCGGCCGCGACAUCAACGAUACAGAAGGCUUCCAAACGGCGGCUUCCUGGCUCCACCUGAACCACCCCAAAACCCUGGCCUUCAACCUCCCGGUUAUUGCAGGCGAGUUCAUGCAUCUUGACGAUGUUCUCGAAAUUCCUUACCGGAUACUAGAAGGCCAGCCCCCACCUGAUUCCGAUGCCUUCUUCACAGAAGCCAUCGAGGAGACAGAGGAUAAGAUGGCCAUGGCCAAAAAGGCUCUUGACAGGUACGAGCGCGACCCCCAUUAUCGAUUCUUGCACGACCGCGUUUCCGAGUUGUUCGCGGACUGCCUAAAGUUUGAUAUUGAAAACUUGAAGCAGAUACAAUUGAAACUGAAAUCAAGAGAAUUGAAUUUAACCCAAUCUGAUGAUGAUGAUGAGGAAGAUGAUCACUACUACUGCUUGGACUUAACUGGGGCCGCAAUGGAUUGCCCUUUCGUCGACUCUAUGUUCGACUGCACUACUCUGCUUUGUGAGAGCAUUGCCAAGAAGAUUUUCCCGCGAAUUUCAUACCAGGGUGUUGAGGAAGACGAGGCCGAUCACGCCGACAGAGCCCGACAGCUGCUGAUGAAGGAGGUUUUGUUGCCCUUGCGUGUCCCCUUGGAGGAAGAGUCGGGUUAUGAAUGUAGGAGGACCAAUCAUGGAGCUCCCUGCCCGGUUCGCGUGUAUUUGGAGGAGGUGAAAACCGGAGGCAACUCCAUGAUUGAGGCCGACGCUCUGCUUCCACAUGAGAUCAUAGAAUAUGUUUACGAUUUUGAUGAGCUGCGCCAAGUCGCUGAGCUUCAGUGGAAGGCUAUGGUGGAGGACAUCUACUUGAAGCAAGGCAAGUUUAGAAACUGCUUGGCCAUAUGCGACGUCUCCGAGAGCAUGAAGAGGGUUCCUCUGCAUGUGUCAGUGGCUCUGGGGCUUUUGGUGUCUGAACUGAACCAGGAGCCGGCAUGGAAAGGAAAGGUGAUCACUUUCAAUCGAAACCCUCAGUUGCUUGCGAUACAAGGGGAUGAUCUCAGGUCCAAAUGCGCGUUUGUGAGGAGGAUGGACAGCCAGGAGUGGCAUUGCAAGGUUGAUUUUCGAAAGGUAUUUGAUUUGAUUCUGCAAGCGGCUGUAAAUGGGAAUUUGAGACCAGAGCAAAUGAUCACCAAGGUGUUUGUGUUCACCAUCUACUUUGACUUUGAUGAGAUUUCGGCCAAUCGAUGGGAGAGUGAUUAUGAGGCAAUACAAAUCAAGUUCAAAGAGAAAGGAUACGGGAAUGUGGUGCCACACUUGGUGGUUUGGAAUCUAAGCCGAGAGAAUGUUUGGAAUCUAAGCGAAUACAAGUCUACCCCGGCCGUGCCUUGUACGCAACCGGGGGUGACCAUGCUCGGUCCCUUCAUCAACAACAACUUGGUCAAUUCCUUCUUGGAAAAUGAUGGGGAUAUUAGCCUAGACCAUGUCAUGGAAGCAGCCUUCUCUACUCAACUGUAUCAAACUCUGGUUGUGGUUGACUGA